AUGUCUGCGGUGCCGAAUCUGUCACGUCCGCUGCCGCCGAUGCCCGUGGCGGUGAUGGGGAAAGUCGGCUGCUGCUGCUUUGGUCACCCCGUCGCUGCGGUUCGCACUGUUAACCUGUCGGGUGGCUGCGUCGUGGUGGCGGCCGGCGCUGGCGUUGUGUCGGCGGGGCUUGUUGCCUCUCUUCUGCGGCCGCAGCCGCACGUUAGCACGGAGGCGGCGGAGAGCAUGCGGACUGGCGGCCUGCCGGGCGACGCGGAGAGUGUUGUGGUUACGAGCGGCGUGGUGACGUGUAUGGCGCUGGCGCUGCUGCCGGGCGGGGGCGCGGCUC